ACAAAGAAGAAAGAGGUGCAGGUCUCCUGUUGUGACAAACACAUGCCAUCCUCUUCCAGUUAUUCAUGCACACAAGGCUUCCUGAGUGUCAUUGCAGGACAAGGCGGGUGGUGGCGGCUCAGUUCCAGACUCCGACACAGCACAAUGCAGAGAAGAGCGAAACAAAAGGCACAGAAGACAAAAGGUACCAACGUGUGAGAGCUGGAAAUACACGGCCACAACAGUAGAAGAGAGUCAUUUCAGGAAGACAAACAGAUAUAUAGAGAAACUUUUUUGAACCUGGAGCGAGAGGAUGAAGGCUCUACAGAAAAAUCAGGGCCGUACUGACCAUAUGCUGGGAGCCAUGGCUGACAUGCUUACUUCUCUGGCUAUGCCCAGUCCACAGUGGAUCUCAGAGGAGGGAGAGACAGUCUUCCAGUCAAGUGAGGAGAAAAAGGGGCCUUUCCAGGGUCAGUGGGAAUCAGAGGGUUUGGACUGGGAGGCAGCGACAGAAAACCCAGGGCGCAGACACAGAACAGACUCGUAUUCAGCAGCAGGCAGCGAAGGCAGUAUCUCCACCUCUGUGGUAUCACUGCCCCCACAGGCAUCAGGCAGCUCGGCCCCCAGCUCCCCGAGCUCCAGGCGCUCUGUGAGCACCCUCAAGAAGUGGCUGACUAAUCCAGUCCGCAAGCUCAGUGUCGGUGCAACCACUAAAGGGGAACGACAAGUCCAUAAACUCGACGGAAAACCACCCCCUCUUUCACCCCACAGCCACAGUCUAGAUUUGGGCAGCCCCCCAAGGCCGGACAGCACACUCACCAUCCUGCCUGUAACCCACAGAGACCUGGAGUGGAAAGAUGGGCUGGCAAGCCCUGAGGACCUGUCCCCAGCUACGCUACAGUCCCCUAGCUAUCUAACUGAUUCUCUGAUUGGCUGCACAUCACUGCCUAAUGCCCAGGAUACUCAAUCAGCCAGUGUUUUCCAUGAUGAUAGUGGCUCUGUCUUGCUGGAUGACACUUCUAGCCAAUCAUCAGCUGCCGCGGACACUGAGGAGGAGCGGAGGAGUGCCUUAGAGAAAAGCAUGUAUGUGCUGAAGGAGCUCAUUGAGACAGAGAAGACCUAUGUAGCAGAUCUGGGGCUCAUAGUUGAGGGCUACAUGGGCACAAUGAACUCCAAAGGUAUACCAGAGGACAUGAAGGGAAAAGACAAGAUUGUCUUUGGCAACAUUCACCAAAUCUUUGACUGGCACAAAGACUACUUCCUUGGAGAGCUAGAGAAGUGUUUGGCAGAGCCGGAGAGACUGGCUCAGCUCUUCAUUAAACAUGAGAGGCGGCUACAUAUGUAUGUUGUGUACUGUCAAAAUAAGCCCAAGUCAGAGCACAUUGUCUCGGAGUACAUUGAAUCUUACUUUGAGGAGCUGCGGCAGCAGCUGGGCCACAGGCUGCAGCUGAACGACCUGCUCAUUAAACCUGUUCAGAGGAUCAUGAAGUACCAGCUGCUGCUUAAGGACUUCCUGAAGUAUUAUACCAAAGCUGGGAUGGACACAGAGGAAUUAGAGAAAGCAGUAGAAGUGAUGUGCUUUGUGCCAAAACGCUGCAAUGACAUGAUGAAUGUUGGCCGACUGCAAGGCUUUGAGGGGAAGAUCACAGCUCAGGGAAAGCUGUUGCAGCAAGACACUUUCACUGUUACAGAGCAGGACAGCAGCUUCUUGUCCCGAGCUAAGGAGAGACGGGUCUUCCUGUUUGAACAGCUGGUCAUCUUCAGUGAGCCAAUAGAGAGGAAGAAAGGCUUCUCUCUUCCUGGAUACAUCUUUAAGAACAGCAUAAAGGUGAGCUGCCUGGGGGUGGAGCCGAGUGUGGAUGGUGGUGAUGAUGCACGUUUUGCGUUGACGUCACGCAACCCCGAUGGAAGUUUGGUGCGCUUCCAGCUACAGGCUUCCUCCACUGAGAUCUGCAGGGCCUGGGUCAAUGACGUGGUUCAGAUUCUUGAAACGCAGCGGAACUUCCUCAAUGCCUUACAGUCGCCUAUCGAGUAUCAGCGACGAGAAAGCAAGUCCAACAGCCUGGGCCGUAGCAUGAGGCCUCCAUUGUCCACUGCCAGUGCCCUGCGGCCCCACUCUUCUGCUUCUAUCGAUCGUCAUAAGCUGCCCUCUCUUCAUUCUCACAACACCUCCCUGCCCACACUCUACCUGCCCAGCCAAGGCCCAAGCCAGGGACCCAGCGAGAUGUGCGCAGUGCAGGACCCUACUACUGUCCGGCAAUGCACUACUGACCCCCGUACUGUUUCUCCAUCACAUGUCCAGCUGGCCUUUUCUGAUCAGCCUAACUGUGGAGCUGUGUCAAAUGGACUGUACACACCCACCAUACAAAGCGCACAGCAGAGAGCAGGAGAGAGCUGCCGUAGGGGUCAGGCUGAUGGCACGAGUCAGAUCCUACCAUCGGGCCCCUUAUCUGCACGACGGCCCAGCAACUUAGCCCAACUAGCUGAGGAUGACCUAUGAACCCCGACAGGUUUUCCUGGGCCAGGAGGGCAGCAGCUAACACCACAGCUAUGGAGAGGAGAUGACUUGUCUUCUAUUUGUGAUUUACUGCCACGCUGAACCCUGUAAGCUUGGAUCAGCAACGACUUAUGAAGGAAUACAAGAAAGAAAAAUGAGCUUUAAGGACCAGUGCAUGAACUGCCUGCAGCGGGUGGCUCAGAGUGAAAACACUCAUUGGACACUCAGUCUUAGGACAAUUUCUGCUUUUUACCUUUUUGACAAUUUGUAUAUUGUAGGCUAUUCUGUUCUUUCUCAAGAGGCAAGGGAAAUUUGAAUGAAAUGUAUCCAUUCCUAAUUGGGG